GGUGAGCGGCUGAGCCACGCCGUAGGGUGCGCCUUUGCCGCCUGCCUGGAGAGGAAGCAGAGGAGGGAGAAGGAGUGUGGGGUCACAGCUGCCUUUGAUGCCAGCCGCACCAGCUUUGCCCGGGAGGGCUCCUUCCGCCUCACCGGGGGCAGCAGGCCCACAGAGCGCCAGCUCCCAGAGAAGAAGAAAGCGGAGGCGGCCGCCGUGCCCGCCGUGCCUGCCCCAGGCCCUGCCCAGCCAGGGCAUAUGUCCCCGACUCCUGCGGCCACAUCUCCAGGGGAGAAGGGAGAGGCAGGUGCGCCAGGGCCAGCUCCCCUGGGUCCCGCGGCGGCCGCCAUCCCCCGGCGCCAUGCGCCCCUCGAGCAGCUGGUGCGGCAGGGCUCCUUCCGGGGCUUUCCGGCCCUCAGUCAGAAGAACUCGCCCUUCAAAAGGCAGCUGUCGCUGAGGCUCAACGAGCUGCCCUCCACUCUCCAGCGGCGCACCGACUUCCAGGUGAAAGGCACAGUCCUAGAGAUGGAGCCCCCCGGGGCCGGCGACAGCGACGGCAUCAACGCCCUGUGCACGCAGAUCAGCUCGUCCUUUGCCAAUGCAGGUGCCCCUCUGCCAGGGCCGCAGCCCUCCGCCGCAGGGGCCUCCACCUGGAAUGAGCCAGGCCUGCCCACCCCGCCAUCCGGGCACAAGAGGACGCCUUCAGAGGCGGAGAGGUGGUUGGAGGAGGUGGCCCAGGUAGCCAAGGCCCAGCAGCAGCAGCAGCAGCAGCAGCAGCAGCAGCAGCAGCAGCAGCAGGGGCUGCCCGGGCCCCGGGCACCUGCCGCACCUGCCUCCUUGCCGCCUGCUCUCCAGCCUUUCCCCGCUGCGCCUGCCCCCAUGGCAGUUUUCCUGCCUGCCCCACACAUGCAGCCUGCCUUUGUGCCCACCUACCCAGGCCUGGGCUACCAACCAGUGCCCCGGGUGCCCGUGGUAGGCAUCACACCUUCCCAAAUGGUUGCCAAUGCUUUCUGCUCCGCUGCUGCCCCCUCGGCCACCCAGCUCCAGCCUGCGGCACUGGCUGGGAAGGCCACCCCCUGCCCCCCACCGCCACCCCCCCGGCCCAAUGGGGCCCCCUGGCCGCCUGAACCGGGGCCGUCGCCAGCCCCAGAGGCGGACCCCUUUGAGGCUCAGUGGGCCGCCCUAGAAGGGAAGCCCCAGCCCGAGCGGCCAUCAAACCCUUUUUCCGGAGACCUCCAUAAGACCUUUGAGAUUGAACUGUAGCCUGGGGGCCCAAGCCUACGGAUGGGCACCCUUGUCUCCAGCCCGAGUGUCCCUGUACAUCUCCCCCCUCCAUCUGCCCAGCUCCAUGCCCCUUGGCGCUGUGCCUCCCACCCCUAACCUUUCCUCUCCCUUCUCCCCACCUUUGUCCAAAGGGAAGAGUUCAUAUUCGGGUCGUGGGUGGCGAAGGGGGAUGUAAUUCAGGGAUGGCCCCGAGUCACUGCCCCUUAGAACACAGAAUUGGCCUAGCACUGCCCUAAUCCCCCUCUCUUCUGGUGCCCUCAGGGGCGUGGGGGGCUGUGUCUCUCCUCCCCUUGCCCUCCCCACAAGUAAGAGUUCUUUCCUUCAUCCUGCUCCCCUGGCCUGGGGGUGGAGGGGUGGUGCACGGGAGGGGAAGAGAUGCUUGCUUCUGGGGUCCAGGCCUGAGCACAAGACAAGGGGCUCCCCCCCAGCCCACCCCACUGCCACUGCCAAUGCCCAGGGGGCGUCCAGGCCUACCCCUCUUCUCUUGCCCAGGGCUGGGGGUGAGGGAGAGGGAGAGGUGAAGUGAAUAGGGGGCCUGCACAGAGCUUGGGCAGGUUGGGGAAAGAUGCUCAGUUACCUCACUUUUGUGCUCGCCACUGAGGGAAGAGGGGAGCAGGGAAGGGAUGCCCGGCGGGCACAGGGGCUGCGCCCAUCACCGCCUGGACUUUUCUAUCUUUUAUCUCCAGAUUUUUUUUUUUUGUAUCUAAACCUGCAGAUUUGUAUUAUACAAUGAGAGCCAAUAAAGAAAGAAUAUAACGGA